AUGGGGGGGCGCGGAGCAGACGCCGGAAGUAGCGGUGGUACGGGUCCCACCGAGGGGUACUCACCGCCGGCAGCGUCCACCCGCGCCGCGGCUAGAGCCAAGGCCCGAGGGGGUGGGCGUGGCGGCCGCCAGAACACAACACCCUCUGUUCCCUCUUCUCGCGGAGCCGCGCCGCGUCGCUCCCCUCCACCGGCUGCCAUGAGCGAGCGCCUCCGCCCCAGGAAAAGGAGAAGGAAUGGCAAUGAAGAAGACCAUCAUCUUCCCCCCCAGACCAAAAGGAGUAGUAGAAAUCCUGUCUUUCAUGAUUCCUGGGACACAGAGACAGUACCUGUAACGAAAAACAGUAAAGAAAACAGACUAAGAGGAAACAAAGUGUUCUGCGCGUCUUCAAGCAGCGACAGCGGUGGGAGCAGCAGCAGCAGCAGCAGCAGCAUCAACAGCCCAGACAGGGCGAGCGGGCCGGAGAGCGGCUUGAGCCACAUGGCUGCCGGCUCCGGCCCCAACACCCCUCAGCCUAUUCCCGAGCAGUCUGCACUGUGCCAAGGCCCUUACUUCCACAUCAACCAGACCCUGAAGGAGGCCCACUUUCACAGCCUACAGCACCGAGGACGGCCUCCGACAUGAUGUGCCGGCGGUUUCUUGCCUUCUGUGAAGGGACAGCGCUGUGCAGAUUUGAUAUUUCAACUUAACGAUGUUUUAAAAAAUUGCACAAAAAUAUGCCUGUUGGCUUUUCAGUCUAUAUUUGAAAUAACAGGUCAACAGGCCGUUGUUUACUUGUGGUUUUGCUGCACUAUUGCAAUUUCAAAGGGGCUUUGAAGCAAUUUUUUAUAGGAUUCUUUUGAGGGUGGGUUUCAAAUCCAUGUUGAGGUAAUGGUAUGAGGAAAUCUCAUCUGCGUGUUGAAUCCAUAGUUUGUCUAGUUCAGACUGAUUUCCAGAUCUGUCAAUUAGAAAUUCUACUUUAUGUAAAAAGGCCUUUUAAAAAAUGCGGGAUCUUCAAUUUUUUAAAUUCAAUAAACUAGUAAAGAGUA